AUCUAUUUCCCCUCUUUAUCGCGCAUGAAUCUCUGAUCUUUGCUACCAAAUUUUUAUUAAUAAACUUUUUAUCCAAUUUAUUUUAUGUAUUAAUAGAAAUGGAAGUUUUUUUUAGUCGUCUUCUUUUUUCGAGAUUUUUGUUCCCAUCGAGAUCUUACGGCGAAAUUCUUAUGUCAUAUGUUAUUCAAAAAUAGGUUCUUUUAUUGAAUCCUUGCUCGUUUUACUCUUCAUUUCUUGCUAAUUUUUUUAAAUUGGAUUUUAGGGCCUAGACAAAAAUUUAGGGCUUUACAGUUUUUCUUCCAAAGUUUGAUUAUUUCUUUCAGUAAACAUUUUAAUCAAACGUUUUUGCACGGUACAGGUAGUAGAUUUGUUAGGGUUUUUUGAAGGUUUGGACCUUAAACCUUCUGGCUAUGGUUUGUAUAACUGCAUGACGUGAUAUUAAUAUUGUAUAUAACAGUGAAGUAUCGAAGAAAAGCGUGUUCUCUUAUCUUUGUGGGACACAAAAAGAACGAAAUCGAGUAGGGGGACCUGGAAACUUUUGUAAUUUUAUCGUGGUUUAGUGUUGAUCAGAAUCUGUAAUAAGACUGUUGUGUAGUGGUUAAAUGGAGCAAGGUUUAGGUUCAGACUCGAAUCCUUCAUUGGGGUCAAUUGAUAAAUCUAGGGUUUUAGAUGUGAGGCCAUUAAGAUGUCUUGUACCAGUUUUGCCAAACCCGCCUGGCAUGUCUUCAGUUUCGACCCCCCAACCCUCACCCUUCGUUUGUGUGCCACCUACUGGUCCUUUCCCCCCUGGGAUCCAUCCAUUUUACCCAUUUUUGGUACCCAAUGAUUCUCAACCAAAUCGGAACCCUCACCCUUCAGGUGUUUCAAAUCUGCCAGGGAAUCGUGCUUUUGGUAAUUCUAUACCAGCUCCCGUUCCAUUGAAUUCAUUUAGAACACCAACGCCCCAGGCAAAUGGGGGCACUCGGCAAUCUGAGAGGGGCUCAGAACCUGUAGUUUUAGACGAUGAUGGUUAUAGUGACUCUCUGAAUCAAAGUGGCCAGCAUGUAAGUGGAUUUAGUGUGCAUGUAACUGACACAGAGGAUGCGAGUAAUGCUAGGAAGCGAAGGGGGCGUCCAAGGAAGAGCAGAGUUGGGAUUGGAGAUAACAACCCUGGUAAGAGCAAAGACGAGCAUGGAGAUAGCUUUGAUGUUGAAUCGCUAGUUAAUAGAUUCUUAACAUCCUAUAAGCUUAAGCAGUUUGGUGAUGUUAGAAGAGCUAAUGGUGACAAGGAGACAGUUGAUUCCAUACUCUUGGUUUUUGAUUUGCUUCGGAGAAGGCUUACCCAACUUGAAGAAGUGAAGGAUAUGUCUCCAGGGGUUAGUAGACGUCCAGAUCUGAAAGCUGCUUCACUCUUGAUGACCAAAGGGGUUCGGACAAAUAACACAAAGAGGAUUGGUCAUGUGCCUGGGGUAGAAGUUGGCGAUAUUUUCUUCUUUAGGAUGGAGCUUUGCAUCGUUGGAUUACAUACUCCUAGUAUGGCUGGGAUAGAUUACAUGAACGUGAAAAUUACCGUGGACGAAGAACCUGUGGCUGUAAGCAUUGUUUCAUCUGGAGGAUAUGAUGAUCAGGGAGAUGAUGGGGAUGUCUUGAUUUACAGUGGCCAGGGUGGAGUGCAGAGAAGAGAUGGACAAAUGUUUGAUCAGAAACUGGAAAGGGGAAAUCUUGCUUUAGAAAAGAGUUUGCAUCGUGCAAAUGAGGUGAGAGUCAUCCGAGGUUUAAAGGAUAUUGCCGGUUCAACUGGGAAGAUCUAUGUUUAUGAUGGCCUGUACAAAAUUCAAGAGUCAUGGACAGAGAAAAACAAUUCUGGAUGCAAUGUUUUCAAGUACAAGUUGGUUAGAGUACCUGGUCAACCUGAAGCUUUUACAUUGUGGAAAUCAAUUCAGCAGUGGAAGAAUGGAACUGCUCCGAGGACUGGGGUCAUCCUUCCUGAUUUAACUUCAGGAGCAGAGACCCAGCCUGUCAGUCUUGUGAAUGAUAUUGAUGAUGAAAAGGGACCACCUUAUUUCACAUAUAUUCGUAAUCUCAAGUAUGCCAAACCUUUUUCCACACCUAAAUCUUUUUCGGGCUGUCAAUGCAUUGGUGGAUGUCAACCAGGUAUUUCCAGCUGCCCUUGUACUCAAAGAAACGAGGGAUAUCUCCCCUAUUCAUCUCUUGGGGUUCUUCUGACUUAUAAACCCUUGAUAUAUGAGUGUGGAGCGACCUGCACAUGUCCUCCAAACUGCCGGAACCGAAUGUCUCAGGCUGGUCCGAAAGUCCGUUUGGAGAUUUUUAAGACAAAUGACAGGGGUUGGGGACUUAGAUCUUGGGAUCCCAUUCGUGCUGGAGGUUUUAUCUGUGAGUAUGCUGGGGAUGCAGUAGAUACAUCUACAUUAGGUGAUACUGGGAAUGGAAAGGAAGAUAAUUACAUUUUUGAUGCUACUCGUUAUUAUGAGCAUUUGGAAGCUGUGCAUGAUGAUUCUGAUGAUUCUACAAAAGUCCCCUUUCCCCUUGUUAUAAGUGCAAAAAUUAAUGGCAACGAAGCUCGAUUCAUGAAUCAUAGUUGCUCGCCAAAUGUGUUCUGGAAGCCUGUUUUACGUGAAAGUACCAAUGAGUCAUACCUCCAUGUUGCUUUCUUUGCAAUCCGACAUAUUCCUCCCAUGCAAGAGCUGACGUUUGAUUAUGGGAUGGUUCGACCUGAGCAAGGAGACCGUGGAAGAAAAAAGUGCUUAUGUGGAUCUAUGAAAUGCAGAGGGUACUUCUAUUCAUGACACCUGGUGAAAAAAAAUUUGCCUUUGUGCUGGAGGUCUGUGGGAAGUAUCUCUGAAGUGUAGAAGUUACACAAUAAAUCUGCUGGACUGGUCAAAUGCUUCAGCAAUCUCUUCAGGCAUGAUGUUAUCAGCAAGAAAAUGUAGUUUCUGUCAGGCGAUCGUUCUACAUUAUUAGUUAUUAAAAUUUAGCUUUUGGUUACCAAGCUACAUCCAUUUUUACUCAGUUCACGAGAUGUUGAUGGCAGGAAAGAGCUCGUUGUAGCCUGUAAUAUUUAAUGUUGUUCGUUUGGAAAUAAACCCUAAUGUUUAUUCUGCUGCAGCAGUGGACUCACCAUUACUGUUGUAUUUGUGUAAUUCAACUGAAGUUCCUUUUUAUUGGGAAUAAUGCUGAGUUUUUUAAGAUUGUAAUGAAGUUUAAGAAUAGUAGCUUGGAACUCGUUGAGGUUAGAUUCUUACUUCUUUUAUAUUGUUUAUCGCAUUGAUUAGUAA